AUGGGGCAGACUAGGGUUCACCUCCUAGCCUCCCUGGGGGCUUUCUACCUCAUCCUAGCUAUUUCCAUGGUCACUGCCGACCUCACCAAUGACCUCGACAUACUGUGGGGGAACUCAAAGGUGUUCUACGACAGCAGUGGCAAACGGACUAUCUCGCUGUCUCUUGACCGCUGGACAACCUCCGCGUUCCAAUCAAAGAGCACAUACCUCUACGGUAGGAUCGACGUGGACAUCAAACUCGUUGCUGGAAACUCAGCUGGAACCGUGACUACUCUUUAUAUGAUAACAGAAGGGCUGUGGCAGUUUCAUGAUGAGAUUGACCUCGAGUUCUUGGGGAACAUCACUGGCGAGCCCUACACCCUGCACACCAACCUGUAUGCCAGAGGGAAAGGUGGCAGAGAGAAGCAAUACAAGCUCUGGUUUGAUCCCACCGCAGACUUCCACACCUACACCAUCAUCUGGAACCAAAGAAGUAUCCUAAUCCUCGUCGACGACAAGCUGAUACGGCAGAUCAAGAACAAUUUAAUGUACGGUGUCCCCUACCCAAACUAUCAGCCAAUGAGGGUGUAUGGCAGCAUCUGGAAUGCCGAUGACUGGGCAACAAUGGGAGGGCGGGUCAAGACCGACUGGUCUCAGGCGCCAUUCACGGCAUACUUCCAGAACUACAGGGCUAUCGCUUGCCCCCCACAACAGAGCUCCCCACUCUGCGCCCAGAGCUUCGGAAAUUGGUUCAACCAGGAGCUAGAUGAGACACGGAAACAGCAGCUGCAGGAGGUGGAUACCAACUACAAGAUAUAUGAUUACUGCACUGACACCAAGAGGUUCAAAGAUAGUCUCCCCAAAGAGUGUACGUUAAAUUAGAAAUAAUCGACUAGCAGAUAGCCAGAUAG